GUGAGCAACCCAUCCGAACACCAAACAAGAGCGAUGUGUGUGGUCCGCUUCUCAGUCAAAAAGAAAUCUUGAGUCAUGUAUUUGGGACUGCAUUAUUCUAAGCUUUUAGUAUUGUAACCUCAAAGAAACUGAAGGACUAUGGGUUUACCUGCAUUAGUUAUCCUUGUGAGUGCAGUGGCUGUACUGAGUGAGGAUACGAUAAAUAAAAUUGCAGCAUUGUCUGAUCCAACUUUGGUUAUAGACAUUCCACCAACGAAUACUACAAUAAGGGCCACAGCGGCAAGUAUUAUCUCUGCAAGUGCCAUCACAACAAGCAACAAUACAAGUGCCAUCACAACAAGCAACAAUACAAGUGCCAUCACAACAAGCAACACUACAAGUGCCAUCACCAAUGACCCUACAAGUGCCAUCACAAGUGACACCACAGCCGGUGCCACUACAACAGUUAGCACCACAAGUGCCAUCAGCAGUAUCUCUGCAACAAGUGUCAGUUCAGCAGAUAGUUUCAAGAGAGCAUGGGACAGAGUGGCUCCAUCCUCAUCUCCGAUCAGAAGUGGUUCACAAAAUGCCGUUAGUUUACCUGAUGUCAGCCAGAGAUUUCCAGGGGACCAAUUUGCACUUCUGGAAGGUGGAAGCUUUACUGGCAGCUUUAAUGAGAGCCAAAUUGUUGAUCAAUGUCAUCGAACUGCUCAGUGUGAAGCCUUAGAGGAAAGCACUUGCUUGGGAGUACAACUGCCAUACAUGCACACAUCCUUGGCUCUCACCGGUUUACCAAAUCAACGCAUUGCUAGGGAACACUUAGAGUUGUGGUCAUCACUGCGUAACAUCCCUCGGUGUUGGGCUGUUGUACAGCCUUUACUAUGUGCCAUCUUUUUCCCACGCUGUGAUAAUAAUUCACUGGAGUUACCUUCACAGGAAAUGUGUGUCAUUACUCGUGGUCCGUGCAGAUUAGUGGAGCAUGAGAGAGAGUGGCCAGAUUUUCUGUUAUGUCGUGAGGAUUAUCCUCAUAAAUGCAAGAACAGUGUGAGAGAACUGAAAUUCAAUACAACAGGGCAAUGUGCACCUCCAUUAGUAGCCACAGAGAAGGAGUCCUCAUGGUAUGAAGGAGUGAAGGGAUGUGGAAUUCAGUGUGCCAACCCAAUUUUUACUGAUGAGGAACAUGAAGACCUUCAUCAUUUUGUGGCAGCACUAGGAGGUGUUUGUCUGGCAUUUGCUUCUCUUACAGUGCUGACCUACUUGAUCGAUUGGCGAGCAGCUAACAAGUAUCCUGUGCUCAUCAUCUUCUACAUCAAUGGCUGUUUCCUCAUUGCCAGCAUUGGUUUCAUUGUUCAGUUUCAUCCUGGAGUUCGCCAUGACCUCACCUGUCGCUCAGAUGGAACUCUGCGUCAAGGUGAGCCAAGCUCUGGUGGGAAUCUCUCAUGUGUUGUGGUGUUUGUUUGUGUCUAUUACUUCAUGGUGGCUGCUGGACUAUGGCUCAUUAUCCUGGCAUACUCCCUGCACACCAGUUUCAAGUCAUAUGCAGCAGGGUUGUGUGGUGAUGAAUUGGAGCGGCGAGCAGCGUACUUUCAUCUUCUCUCAUGGUCCUUACCUCUUGUCCUGACAAUUACCAUUAUGGCACUGGCAGAAGUUGAAGCUGACUCUGUGGCAGGAAUUUGCUUUUUGUCUUCUGCUAUUCACAUAAGGAUAGGAUUUCUACUGCUACCAUUAGCAACUAUUGUUUUUGUUGCUGGAUUUUUCUUUGUGCGUGGUAUGAUAAAGUUGAUUUAUCUCAAGAUGGAAUGUUUCAAUAUAAUCAGUGAUAGUGCCAACAGCAAGAUAGUGGAGACCAUCAUCAGACUGGCUCUCAUUACCAUCACAUUAGUGAUCUACACAGGUAUCACUAUCUACUGUCACAUCUACCAGUACAGGAACCAGCACCUCUGGGAUAAAGCACUUCGUGACUAUAUUAUGUGUGUUUCUAAUAUGACUGCUGCUGCCCAGUUAAACAGUGGGUCAUCAGUGUGCAUGAUAGCAGAACGUCCCAGCAUCAAUGUUUAUAAACUGCACUUAUUGGCUCUCUUUGGUGCUGGAAUCAUAAUGUCAUCGUGGUGCUGGACUCCAAACACACUUCAAGCAUGGAAACGCUUCCUGAGAAGAGUUGCAGGUGUUCCUUCAGAAGAGCCUCUACGCCUAGCACGGCACAGAGUUAUAGCUCAAGCCUUUGCUAAACGUCAUGACCUUAAUACUGCUGGUCGACUCUCCAUAAGUCUUCACUCCAUACAUGAUGAUCCCCUUGGGUUAAAUUUUGACAUGAACAGUGCAGCCUCUGGGGAUCUGUCAUCCGCAUGGGCCACUGCUAUUCCAUACCUCAUGACAAGACGUGGAGCUCUUGUAGGUUCUGCUGCUCUGGGACUCAGAAGAAAUUCUGUUGAUUCAGAGUAUAGUGUUAGUAGAAGAUUUUCCAUAGAAUCUGGGUAUAACAACCGUAGCUCUCGGCGUCAUUCCUUGGAUUCACAGAUGUCAUUUCAUGUGUCAGAUGCUGAGAGACUAGCAGCAUUACACACAGCUGCUAGGUUUGGCCGUCGAAAAAGACGUGAUUGGUUUAAUUUGAAGCGAGGCCGACGUGUUAAUGCUUGGGAUAGAAGGGGUUCCAAUACCUCUGAUGAUAGUAAUCUUGGUUCAAUGAUUCUACCUGCCAUUACAAUGAACAAUCAAGAUACAUUAUUUACGAAUAUGAUGAAACGGCUGAAUUUGAGUUCUGAUGAAGCAACACGGUCUGAGAGAGCUGCACCCUCAGCCCCACCAGCCAAGUCCAUGAAUAUUAAUGUUCCACUCCCUGGUCAAACAACACUUGAGAGUGAAGAUGAUAUAGGAGCAGAGAAUCAUGGGUAUGCUGAUAAUGAUUCCAUUGCCCAUACUGUUCUGAAUAAUGUUCUUAAGAGUGCUGAUCUCAGAAGAAAAGAAGAUGCUUAUGUGAGGGCAGCAACAGCACUUGAGAAUGGCUUGUUAUCAUCAAGUCAAGUGCGGGCUUGUAGUAGACGAGGGAAUAUUGAUACUGGCAUGCGUGUCACCAGCACCAGUGUGGGUAUUCAGACAUCUUUUGCCAGUGCUGUUACUAAAGCCAAUAUGGUAGAUAAAUCCAUUCAGGUUUCAACACCACUACUAAUGAGAGCCAGUCAAAUAACUCGAGCUCAUUCUCCGCUCAGUAGUGACUGCAGUCCUACCCAUACAUACAGGCAUCAAGAUAGCAAAAAGAAGAUUAAUGAAACGAGUUUCUCUAAUCGAAGGAAGCCCCAGAAUAUUGACAGACCAGAUACACCAGUUACUAAACUACAAAAAAAGCUUAAUGUUAGUGGAGAUAAAACAACAAACAGUAAAAAUGUGGUCUCCAGUCAUGGGUCACAUAAACGUAAUACCAGCAGUAAGACAGGAAAUAGUGGCGGACGAAGGAAAAGUAGAGGAGAGAGUGCUGAAAUUAUGACUGUUUUAGACAUUGGAGAUGAAAGUGAUUGAGUAAUACUGUAUAUAUAUAUAUAUAGAUAUAUAUAUAUUUAAAAUGGAAAGUAAAAAUAGUAAUAAGAUAGUAUUUUUAUACUCUUUUUAAAUAGAAUUCUCAUAAAGAUAUUAAAAUAACAAAAUUUUAUUUUUUUACAUUUGUUUAAUAACAAUGAUGUGCAUGGGGAUUACAAUGUUUAGUGUAAAAACUUGUCUAGAAGGAAAAUUAGGAUGUCUCAGGUAAAUAUAAUAGUCAUUACAAAAUGCACUUUUGUAUCUGGGUCUGGCUGUGUGGCAUAAAUGCUGUGUACUUGAUGCAGAAUGUGCAGGUUCAGGUUCUGCUCAGAACUAAGAUCUGAUGUUUGUAAAUAAUUUUACUUGUUUGCAAAUUGUUAAGCAUUCUAAAAAUCUCUUGCAAGGCCAAUGUAUGCACAUGGCAGGACUAGAUGUAAUAACACAAGCCUGGUGCUUCAGGGUUUGGGAAACGAUGUCAGGCUUUGGCUAGGUGCCCAUAUUUAUUGGGGUUUGUCUCAGUAGCGUAAAUACUGUGUACAUUGAUGCAGAGAGUGCAGGUUUAAGUACAUUCUAGAUUGAGGGAGAAUGUUUAUACAUAUAUGUAUGUUUUUUUUAUGACACAGGUGUCUCCCACCAAGGCAGGGAGACCCGAAAAAGAAGAAACGUUUUCACCAUCACUCACACUAUCACUAUCUUGCCAGAGGCAUGCCAAUACUCCAGUUUAGAUGCUCCUCCAAACUGCAAAUAUCCCUACACCUUCAGAGUGCAGGCACUGUACUUCCUAUCUUACUACUCACACUCCAACAGCUUGUCAAGUCAUAAAAACAACUUGCCUCCACUCUUAUGUAAUGCACUCACACACACCUCUACUGGAUGUCCAAGCCCCUCACAUAUGAAACCUCUUUUACCCACUCCCUUCAACAAUUCUAGGUUGACCUCUACCCUGCCUUCCCUCCACUACAGAUUUAUACACUCUCCAAGUCGUCCUGUUUUGCACCAUCCUCUCUUAAUGUCCAGACCACCUCAACAACCCCUCUCCUUAGCUCUCUGGAUUGCACCUUCUAGUCCUCAAACUACAAAUUCUCUGCAUAAUAUUCACACCAUACAUUGCCCUCAGACACAACAUCUCUGCCUCCAGCCCCUUCCUCACUGAAACAUUCACAACCCAUGCUUUACACCCAUGUAAGAGUGUUGGUACCACUUUACUCUCAUAUAUUUCCCUUUUUUCCUCCAUGGAUAACAUUCAUGCCUUAAUGCACCACCCACCUUUUCCCCUUCAUUUAAUUCCGUGAUUCAACUCGUCUGUCAUGGAUCCAUCUGCCCAAACACCCGAUAAACAUAAAAAUAAAAGAGCACUGCAGUAAUCCCUAGCUGAAUCAUUAGCUCAUGCUAAACAGUUUCUACUCACACCCAUUCAUUAUAAUCAAAAAGAAGCACUAAGCCACAAGGGCUAUACAGCGCUGCAGGGCAGGAAGGAAGCGAGGGCAUCAGGUGGCAAAAGGGAGAUGGAUGAGUAAUAGGUUACGGAGAACAGCGGGGCAGUGGAGGGUGAAAGGGUAAAGGGCAGCAAGAGACUGAGCUAGAAAGGGCUGAGGGGAGUGUGAAAGGUAUCAUCAUCAGAGUUUGUGGAGUAAAUCAGUCGUUGUCAAGAAGUCAAUGAGAGAGUCAGGAUUAAAGGAGGGUCCAUCAGCAAGAAGGGAAGGUAAAGAGAGAGUAGUAGAGCGGAGACGACAACGUAGGUAAAUUCUGCGUGCUCGUUGAUAGAGAGGGCAGUCUAACAGAAUGUGGCUAAUCGAUACGGGAACUUGACACUGCUCACAGAGAGGAACAGGGUGCCUCUCCAUGAGAUACCCAUGAGUAAGACGAGUGUGGCCAAUGUGAAGGCGGGAGAGAGUGGUCUCCCAACCUCGACACUGAUGACAAGAAGACGGCCAGUAACCUAUGCUCGGUUUAAUAGAAUGAAGUUUGUUACCAAGCAGAGUUGACCAACGUUGUUGCCAACGGGUGUGAAGGUGGGUAGCUAUUACAGCAAAACCCCUCAAGGAAGGUUCCUUGAUGUUGGUGAGGGGCUCUUGAUUUAGGGAAUUGGAUCUGUGCUCCAGUUCCCCGAAUUAAGCCGCCUGAAUGCCUUCCACAUCCCCCCCCCAGGCGCUGUAUAAUCCUCUGGGUUUAGCGCUUCCCCCCUUGAUUAUAAUAAUAAUAUUACAGCAAAAUAGUCCAGAAAUGGAACACCUCUAUAUGAAAUUGGUAGGUCAUGUACUGCUGACCGCACAGCAGUGUCUGCCUGUUCAUUGCCCUGUACGUCGACAUGACCAGGGACCCAACAAAAAACAAUAUCUUUAUGCUUGGUAGAGAUACGGCGUAGCCAAAGUUGAAUACGGAGAACUAGGGGGUGAGAUGUAUCAAAUUUUCGUAUAGCCUGUAGAGCACUAAGGGAGUCUGAGACUACCACAAAUGAUGACACAGGCAUAGAUGCGAUACGAAUAAGUGCUGCAAGAAUGGCAUACAUUUCAGCAGUAAAAAUGCUAGCCGAAGAUAGUAAAUGCCCCCGCACGACACUGUCCGGAAACACUGCUGCGAAUCCAACGCCGUCUGAAGACUUAGAGCCAUCUGUGUACACAGAGAUGGCAUGAGAAUGAGAGUGGAAGUGAUCAAGAAAAAGAGAGCGGGAAGCCACCGUACGCAGUUGGGCUUUCGAGCAAGGGAGUGAGAAAGAACAGACCCGAACAGCUGGAACUUCCCAGGGGGGUAGGGAAAAGCGAGAUGCUACAUGAACAUAUAAAGGUGGUAACUGAAGGGAAGACAAGAGCGAAUGUAGGCGAAGAGAAAAGGGACAGAGCAAACAGGGGCGGCGAACAAAUAAAGAAUGUCUACUAAUAUCAGUGACCAUUCUAUAAAUGGAAGGAUUGCGGAGAUCGUGAGAGCGUACAUAGUAGCGAAGGCAAUGGGCAUCAUGGCGAUCAGACAAGGAUGGAACAUUCGCUUCUGCAUAGAGGCUCUCAACAGGGGAAGAGCGAAAAGCACCAAGGCAUAAACGUUUUUCUCAACAAGUCGACCAUCUCCCACCGAGGCAGGGUGACCCAAAAAGAAAGAAAAUCCCCAAAAAGAAAAUACUUUCAUCAUCAUUCAACACUUUCACCUCACUCACACAUAAUCACUGUUUUUGCAGAGGUGCCCAGAAUACAACAGUUCUUAUCCACAUAUUAUUGGUGUCACCAUACCUUUCCAGUCAUAAAAGUAUAGGAGUACUGCAGUAUUCCUUGUGGGUCAUGCUCUGUAGGCUCUACACAUUCAACUCUCUUGUUUGGUAGAGAUUGGUAAAGAAGUGUAGAUUCAUUAUUUACACUACUCUGUUCAUUGUCAUAGUAACCCAUAUAUAGUACAAGUCAGUGAAUAGUACCUGGGGGGGGGAGGAUGGAUGGCCAUGGGGAUAGGGUUAGAGAAAGGGCUUUUGACACCUCUUUAACCUCUCCAUAACUGGGCUUGGCUUACUGUACUACCUGUCUCUUUAAACUUUUAGUGCUAAAAUUUCUACCUCAUAGGAAGCUUUCUCUAGGUAUCUCUAGCAGUUUUCCCGACACCAUAAUAAACUGAACAAUAAUAUCUGCAUACAUUAUCCUAUACAACAAUAAUUUACAUUGCAUAUUAAUACACUGAACAAAUAAAUUUUGUUUAGUCUUGAGGAUGGGAGCAAUGGCAGUCCAGCAACUCUGCAGUGAUCCCCUUUUGUAUUGUAAACUAACUGAAGGAAGAGAGCAUUUUCUGUUGCAUUCAUGGUUCUGUUACGCAUUUUACUAUUUGUAGCAUAUUAAGUAUAUUUAACAUGACAUAAAUGAACCUAACAUAAUUCAGCUUCACUUGGAGGGAGGAUUAGAACUUAUUGUAAUAGUGCCGUACCAGGUUUUUCCCUGGAGCAUUACUAGGUCUUCCUGGAGCCUAGCAAGGUUUUUUGGUGCCUGACCAUUAAAAAGGAUGGUUAAUAAGUGUAGUUGUACCCUUCAUGCACAAAAGAAAUAGGGAUUUAGUGUGCAGUAGGCCCUCAGUUUGUACAUAUUUUAACCUCUCAGAUGUUUUACUCAUGAACAGAUUGCCUCUCCUCUCAACUUUUUUGCUUAAAAAUUUGGUCUUAAAACGUUGACCUAUACAUUACUCAAGUAUAUACAGUGUGGAAUUCUAUCUGGGUACUCGUAUAUGCUAUGCAUAUAUUAAUUCAUAUAUGCUGUAUGGUAGUUCUGUAAACACAUUAAAAUACAAAUAAUCUAGUCAGUAACACAUGGCAUUUAUAGGAUCAUGGGCUCUAUCCUCAGUACAAAUAAUUAUCUUUCCUUACUUUUAUGACCAUUGUUUCAUUGCCAGAUAACCCCCUAAUAAAAUACAAUUUUAGUAAAUUGGUUCCCAGAACAACCUAUAGCCCUAAAAAUAUAAUUUUUGUGAAUGAAAUUGGUUUUCAGGAAUCAGUGUUGUAUAUGGGCAUUCUAACACUGCACAAAAUUUGGGAAAGAACAGUUUGAUUUGCAUUGGCCUGACUGAUGCCAGUUCUUGCAGAGCCAAUUUUAUCGUGAAUUUGGGAGUUGCUUAUACAUUGUAAAUUUAGGUAAAGUACAGUGACAUCUUGAUGUAAUGGACCUCUAUACAAUGAAUUUUGGAUAUAGCAGACAAUUUUUGUGGCUGGAUGGAGGCUUUGUGAAUCCAGUUUAUUUAGGUGUCCUGCACUGCACAUCCAUAUCCUGUUCAUUUUCCUUGUUCCCAGGUGAGCUGAGCCAUACCCAGCCUCAUGCAAUUUGUUAUUGUUUGAGUGCACAUUCACAUACUGUUGUCAUUUGGUCUCCAAUUUUUGUUGAUUUAUGGUGUUUUUGGUUACUUCAUUAUACAAUAAUAUUACCUACUUUACUCUGUUGUAUUAUACUUUUACUUGUAUUUUCAGGCAAUGCACUGUACUGUAUUAGUUUGUUUUUCUUAUGUCCAAUUGUGUCAUUGAUACAUUUAUCUGUGUCCAGAAGCACCAUUGAUGCAAUUGACCAUGUGGAUUAUUGGAUUAUUGUUGGAUUAUUAUGUGGAUUAUUGUUUAAGCAGAUACUCUUUCCAUUCUAUUAGUUUGUUAUCCCAAGGUGUCACUGUACUUUAGGCAUUAAAAGUGUAAAAGUUAUCUCACCUGAUGAUUCCAGGUGUAAGGAGCAAUUGCUGUUUUAUGAAGAAAACUUGAUCACUGGUAUAUUGCUGUACAUAUAUGAUUAUUUAUUGCUUUUAUGCAUUGGGGUAAUAAGUGCCAAAGGGCUGAAUAGGUAUAGAUAUUGAUUUGCUGUAUGGGUAAUUACUUAUUUGUUAUAACUGGAGUAAAGCCUUAGUGUGUACUCACCUAGUUGAGGUUGCGGAGGUCGAGUCCGAUCUCCUGGCCCCGCCUCUUCACUGAUCGCUACUAGGUCACUCUCCCUGAACUGUGAGCUUUAUCAUACCUCUGCUUAAAGCUAUGUAUGGAUCCUGCCUCCACUACAUCGCUUCCCAAACUAUUCCACUUACUGACUACUCUGUGGCUGAAGAAAUACUUCCUAACAUCCCUGUGAUUCAUCUGUGUCUUCAACUUCCAACUGUCCCCUUGUUACUGUGUCCAAUCUCUGGAACAUCCUGUCUUUGUCCACCUUGUCAAUUCCUCUCAGUAUUUUGUAUGUCGUUAUCAUGUCCCCCCUAUCUCUCCUGUUCUCCAGUGUCGUCAGGUUGAUUUCCCUUAACCUCUCCUCGUAGGACAUACCUCUUAGCUCUGGGACUAGUCUUGUUGCAAACCUUUGCACUUUCUCUAGUUUCUUUAUGUGCUUGGCUAGGUGUGGGUUCCAAACUGGUGCCGCAUACUCCAAUAUGGGCCUAACGUACACGGUGUACAGGGUCCUGAACGAUUCCUUAUUAAGAUGUCGGAAUGCUGUUCUGAGGUUUGCUAGGCGCCCAUAUGCUGCAGCAGUUAUUUGGUUGAUGUGCGCUUCAGGAGAUGUGCCUGGUGUUAUACUCACCCUAAGAUCUUUUUCCUUGAGUGAGGUUUGUAGUCUCUGGCCCCCUAGACUGUACUCCGUCUGCGGUCUUCUUUGCCCUUCCCCAAUCUUCAUGACUUUGCACUU